GGGAGAAGCUGCCGCGCGAUUCCUGGGAGCGAGCGCUCGGUUCAGCGAAGGCAGGCGCCCGCGGCAGAAGAACAGGGGAGAGAUAAGUCUCAUAACACGAGCCGAAAAAAUGACAGGUGUCGCCUCGCUGUUAUCCUGCGAAUUAGCCGAAAGAAAACAAACAUUUUUACCAGCAAAAGCUCUGCCAAUACCGGAGCAGCUAGAGCGAGACGACCGGCGGCGAAAUGGGAGUUGGUGCGGCCGGUGUGACGUCAGAGCCGCCGGUGCUGUUCUCAGAAUAGACUUCUAGGAAACGGUAUUUUUUAAAAGCCAAGCCUUUACACUCUGUUCCUCACACAUUAGGAUCCCGUUCUGGUGACAACACACUCCAACCCGCAGCUACGGAUAUUUUCACGUUUUAAAUGUUUUGUUUUCAUUUUUUAUAUCCAGUGUUGUUCUUAUAAAAAAACUACAGGACAAGACACUGACUGGCUGGGUACACGGAGCUCUUUUACAGUCCCUUUGCCGAUGUUAAAGCUUAUGUUCUCGUGGUGUUUUUUUCUUCUCUUUCUUUCUUAAGACAGAGCUCAGUCUCUCUAUGUUUUCGUUAUUUUCUGAGGAAGAAAUACUGACUGGAUCUUAAAAAAAAUAGCAUGAUUCUUUGUGUACCAGGUCCGAGAGCUCCUCUGGCUGCUGCUCCGUCCACUGAAACUCCACAGGGGAUGCGGGCAGGAACUGCACCUACCCUUUGCCUUCAAAGCACCCCUCCGCUAUGGGACCCCACAAAGGACUUGCGGGCGAUUGCCAGCAACUUCUGCUAUCUAGAAAAUUCAGGAUGGUACUGGGGAGCUGUAACUGCAGCUCAGGCCCACGCUGCACUUCAAGAGGCAUCUGAAGGAGCUUUUUUGAUACGGGACAGCAGCCACCCUCUGUACAUGUUGACCCUCUCGGUCAGGACUGCACGAGGUCCCACCAGUAUACGGAUCCAGUACAGCGGCGCACAGUUUUUGCUCGACUCCAGCUCCCCGGCACGGCCCAGCCUGUCGUCCUUCCCCAACGUGCCCAGCCUGGUGCAACACUACAUGGGACCAGAGAGGAAAGCAGAAGAGGGGAAGGUGGUGGAGGAGGCCCCUUCAAAACCCUGUCAGCAGACAAUGCAGGAGACCUCUGUGGUAUUAAAACUAAAGCGGGCCGUGUACAAGCCGCAGGGCCUCCCCUCCUUACAGCACCUCACACGCCUCGUCAUAAACAGACACUCUGACUGCCCCGACCAGCUCCCACUCCCGAGGCCUCUGCUGCGUUACAUUCAGGACUAUCCCUUCAAGGUAUAACGGGGCCCUCAAGUUGUUAUGAAUUAAAGGACAAAAAAACUGUCAAACAGGUCCUUUGUGCCUGUAAAUGACAUCGCUGCCCCAGUAGUUGGAGGCCAGUCACGAAAAUACUGGACACAAGGUCAUGUUUUGCUGACGAAAUGUGUAUAAAUUCAGUUAAUACUGACGUGCCUGGUUCCAGACUUGAUUCGUCAAGAGAGCUGGGUGAUGAAGUACGACUUGUGAGCAAACCUCAGUACUGUAAUCACUUAUUUCACGAUGGGUGUGGGAAUUGUCCAUGUCUGUUUUAACCUCAUCAGUUCUGGAUGUACAUACUGUUUCCAAGAAGUAUACUGAUUCCAUUGAGACAUCUUUUACGCCAUUUUAUUUUCCUCAGUAAAACAUUUUUUCUACCUUUUUUACAUGUGUACAUUUUUCUAUUAAAAGAACCAUUUAACUUGC